AUGGCCAGUGGGUACCAGCUAUGGGGUCCCUGGUCCCCGCUGGAUGAGUCCCUACAAUGGCUGCGGGGUGCUGUGCCCAGGCCCAGCGGCACCAAACACCCUUUCCGUGGUGGGCAGAGCCCAGCCACCGCCACUGAUCUUGAGGUGCCGCCUUGUUUCCAGGGACUCAGCCUGGUGCUGGAGCCCAGCACGAAGACAGGAGCUGGGCAACCCCAACCCCCUGGGGCAGCGGGAGAGACGAGAGGAAGCGGCGGGACAGUGCGCAAGCCUCAGGCCGUGCGGCUCACGGGGCUCGACUCUGUGUUUGGGCACUUUGUGACGGCACAGCCCCCACACUGGACUGGCUCGCUGCGGGUUUCAGAGCGCUCAGCCUUUUGUCAGGUCAUAAGCUCCCAGCAACGUUGGCCCCGUGGACUCCAGGAGCCGCAAGUGCGCAUGGCUAUGGCCAUGUGCCGCCAAAUGCUGCGUGCCAUCCUCCUGCUUUACGCUGCCUACAAGAAGUGCGCGUUUGCACUGCAGCAUUCCCGUUAA